UCCAGACCAAACGCACUCGGAAAGUGGAUACGUUUCACCCGCUUGCUCAACUAGACCUCACCAUUUCCAAUUCUUUUCAGCCAAACAAUUAGCUACAGGAAAUCAGUUCCAGAUCCACCUCCAGCCUACCAUGUCUGAACCGGGUUUUGGUUGUGGCGUUCCAGCCCAGAGAAGCUCACAGCGGGGUCCAGAGAUGCUGUCAGUGAUGCUGGGGGACUGCAGUCAAACAGUGGAAUUCAAUGUGAUUGUCAAAGAGGAGGGCGAGGAGAGAGAAAUCAAUGAGCGGGAGGAGGAAGAGAGAGAGGAGGACAGGGACUCUGACUCAGGAGAGAGCCCCUACCCAGACCCAGACAAUGAGCCCAGUUCCACAGCAUCAAGACUACCUGGGCGUGGGAGUUACCCAUGCCCUCAAUGUGAGAAGAGUUUCAGUUCCUCAACUAACCUAAAGAAUCAUCAAAGAGUACACACUGGAGAGAAACCUUUCGACUGCUCAACAUGUGGGAAGAGUUUCAGUGAGAAAGUAAACCUUAAGAGACAUGAGAGAGUACAUAGUGGAGAGAAGCCUUACCACUGCACCACAUGUGGGAAGAGCUUCAAUCAUUCAGGAAGCCUUAAGCAACAUCAGCGAAUACAUACAGGGGAGAAACCUUACCACUGCUCUCUUUGUGGGAAGAGUUUCAGUCGGGCAGGAGACCUGAAGACUCAUCAGAGAUCCCACAGUGAAGAGAAGCCUUACCACUGCUCUCUUUGUGGGAAGAGUUUCAAUCAGCCAGGAAACCUAAAAAGUCAUCAGCGAAUACACAUUGGAGAGAAGCCUGCCUGUGCUUUAAAUUUGAUUGUCAAAGAGGAGGAGGAUGAGAAGGAAAUCGAUGAGAAGGAAAAGAGAGGAGUUGAGGAAGAGGAGGAAAAUAUUGGUGUAAUUGACCUAUGUACAUCAAGACUUCCUGGUCGUGGGAGUUACCCCUGUCCUCAAUGUGGAAAGAGUUUCAGUUCUUCAGGUAAUCUAAAGAAUCACCAACGAGUACACACUGGAGAGAAACCUUUCCACUGUGCCACAUGUGGGAAGAGUUUCAGUGAAAAAGUCAACCUCACGAGACACGAGAGGGUACAUAGUGGAGAGAAGCCUUACCACUGCACUCAAUGUGGGAAGCGCUUCAAUCAUUCUGGAAGCCUUAAGGAACAUCAAAGAGUACAUACAGGAGAGAAGCCUUACCACUGCUCUCUUUGUUGGAAGAGUUUCAGUCAGCCAGGAAACCUUAAGAAACACCAGAGAAUACAUACAGGGGAGAAGCCUUACCACUGCUCUCUGUGCGGAAAGAAUUUUCGUUUUGCAGGAGACCUAAAGAAUCAUCAGAGAUCACACAGUGGAGAGAAGCCUUACCAAUGCUCUCUGUGUGGGAAGGGAUUCACUCAGCUAAGAAUUCUUAAAAGUCAUCAGAGGAUACAUAUUUUAGAGACGCCUGCCUGUGCAUUCAAUGUAUUUGUCCAGGAGGAGGAGAGUGAGAGGGAAAUCAAUGUGGAGGAAAAGAGAGAUGUUGAGGAAGAGGACAAUAGUGGUGUAGUUGACUCAGAUAUAUCAAGACUUGUUGGUCGUGGUCGUUACCCCUGCCCUCAAUGUGAGAAAAGUUUCCGUUCCUCAAGUAAUCUAAAAAAUCAUCAAAGAGUACACACUGGAGAGAAACCUUUCCACUGCUCCCAAUGUGGGCGGGGUUUCAGUGAGAAAGUAAACCUUAAGAGACAUGAAAGAGUACAUAGUGGAGAGAAGCCUUACCACUGCACCAUAUGUGGGAAGAGUUUCAAUCAUUCAGGAAGCCUUAAAGAACAUCAGAGAAUUCAUACAGGCGAGAAACCUUACCACUGCUCACUGUGCGGAAAUAAUUUCCGUUUUGCAGGAGACCUAAAGAAUCAUCAGAGAUCACACAGUGGAGAGAAGCCUUACCACUGCACUCAGUGUGGAGAGAGAUUCACUCAGCUAAGAAGUCUAAAAAGGCAUGAGAGAAUAUCCAUUGGGGCGAAGCCUGCCUGUGCUUUCAAUGUGAUUGUCCAAGAGGAGGAGGAUGAGGGAGGAGAAAGAGAAGUUGAGAGAGAGGAGAGUAACGUGAAAUAAAGGUGAAGUGAGGAUACAUAAGCGUCUCUGUAGGUAUGGAAAUUCACACCUAUCCUUGCAAUGGCAUCUUCUGUGACAACAUGGUCAUGGGCAGCACCAUUUAGGGCUAUCUUCAUUUUCUUUUACUUCUAUGAGUGUAUUGGAAGUUCACAAAGGAACUCAACUUGAAUACCAUCACCACCACCACCUAAUGUGCUGGAGAGUGUAUUUAUUAAACCUCUGUUUUGACAGGGAGUCAACGCUGAGACCAAGGUCUCUUUUCCAGAUGAGGCCUGUAAAGCACCACAAUACACAUUAAUAUACAAUAAACACAUUCAACUACACAUUCAUAAACACAAUAUACAAGGUGUUAUACACAACAAUACACGAAAGCAAAACACAAUCAUACAAAAACAGACACAUUCUUUAGUAACAAGGUCCCCUAACAAUCGUCUGAAUGGCCCUAGGGCCACCAAUUCCUCCAAUUUUAAAGUGCAUUGUAGAUCAUUCGACACACACAAGGCACAAGUAAAUCAAAUGCUGAUCUACCGAACUCUGUAGACACCAAUGGAGUCUCUAGAGUUAACCAACCCUGUGAACGGGUUUGAUAACUUAUCAUUUAGAGGCAGCUGCUCUUAUAUAAAUAGUAUCAACAUAAUUGAGAACAGAUUCCUGCUGACUAGAGAGAGACUAGAUCAGUUUCUGUAAAAAAAUAAAUAAAUUAUAUCUUAGUUUCUUAACAAGCUCAGUCGUAUGUUUUUUUUUAUUUUAAACGUUAAAUCACACCAAGGUCUUUGUAUGCUGGGACUCGUUUGAUUUAUAAAACCAUCCGAUGAGUGAGGGAAGAUGUAAUCCAACUGAGACAAUAAGUAUGAGUUUUAAAUCAGUAAGAGCUUCCUGCACAACUGUAGCCUUGUCACAGCCAGGUCAGCAGUCGGGGUAAUUCCUUAACGUAAUAGUAUCGUCCGUAUUUAGAUGAGAUCGAGACAAGAUCAUUAACAGCUAUAGUGGUUGCUGUAAUAGUGCUAUGCCCAGGCCUAAAGCCUGAUUGGUUUUACGUUAACUAUACAUGUCUCAUUGUAAACCAGGUUGCCAGUCCAGGCCUAAAGCCUUUACAUGAGAUCGAUAUACUGAACAAUGUUUUCCAUUCGCACAAAAAAAGCUUCUUUUGUGCACAAAUUUGUUUACGUCCCUGUUAUUGAGCAUUUUUCCUUUGCCAAGAUAAUCCAUCCACUUGACAGGUGUCAUAUCAAGAAGCUGAUUAAAUAGCAUGAUCAUUACAGCAUGACCAUUGACAAACCUUAGUCUAGUCAUGGUAAAAACUUGACGUCUGGCCACCCGAGUGGCACAGCAGUCUAAGGUACUGCAUCGCAGUGUUGCGGCGUCACUACUCAAUCCCAGGCUGUCUCAUUACCGGUCGUGACCAGGAGUCCCAUAGGGAGGCGCUCAAUUGGCCCAGCGCAGUCCAGGUUAGGGGAGGGUUUGGCCGGGGGGGGGGGGGCUUUCCUUGUUUCAUCGCUCUCUAGCGACUCCUUGUGGCGGGCCGGGCACUUGCAGGCUGACUUCGGUUGUCAGUUGAAUGGUGUUUCCUCCAACACAUUGGUGCAGUUGGCUUCUGGGUUAAGCGAGCGGAUGUUAAGAAGCUCGGUUUGGUGGGUCAAAAAUUAUUAAAAAAAAACAUUGUCUUUCUUUUGAAUGCACAGAGGACACAAACAACAAUAUCUAACCCCAACUACCACAGUAUCAUGUUAAAGGGAAAUUUCACAAUUUCAUGUUCAUCAUCUCAAGCACCACCCCAACAUCAACAUAUGUGAAAAUGGCGCAUUUCUAUGUUUUGCAGUAAAAUAAUAAGAGGAAUGUGUUUCCAAUGACAUCGGUGUGAUUUUAACCAAUUAUCAGGAGGCAUUGUUUACUAAUUACCUACUAAUUGGUUGAUGUCAUCACAUAUGUUGAUGUUGGGGUGGUGCUUGAGAUGAUGAAUAUGUAGUAGAAUGUUUUUUUUUUUAUAUAUAUAUAUAUUUUAUUUCUUGUUAAAGUAACGUAUGCCCAUGUACAUGACUAACAUGUAAAACAGUAGCAUAGUCUAUAGAGGCCUGUAUACUGGGGGCUGAGUCUAUAUAUAGUAUAUACUGGGGCUGAGUUUGUAUAUAGUAUAUACUGGGGCUGAGUUUGUAUAUAGUAUAUACUGGGGGCUGAGUCUAUAUAUAGGAUAUACUGGGGGCUGAGUCUAUAUAUAGGAUAUACUGGGGGCUGAGUCUACAUAUAGGAUAUACUGGGGGCUGAGUCUACAUAUAGGAUAUACUGGGGGCUGAGUCUACAUAUAGGAUAUACUGGGGGCUGAGUCUACAUAUAGGAUAUACUGGGGGCUGAGUCUACAUAUAGGAUAUACUGGGGGCUGAGUCUACAUAUAGGAUAUACUGGGGGCUGAGUCUAUACAUAUAGGAUAUACUGGGGGCUGAGUCUAUACAUAUAGGAUAUACUGGGGGAUGAGUCUAUACAUAUAGGAUAUACUGGGGGCUGAGUAUAUAUAUAUAUAUAUAUAUAGAUAUAGAUAUAGAUGAUAUACUGGGGGCGGAGUCUAUAUAUAGUAUAUACUGGGGCCGAGUCUAUAUAUAGUAUAUACUGGAGCUGAGUCUAUAUAUAUAUAUAUAUAUAUAUAUAUACUGGGGCUGAAUGUCCCAAAUGGUGCACUAUUCUCUCUGUAGUGCACUGCAUUUGACCAUGACUAUGGGCUAUUGAAUACAAAAUAAGUCCAUAGACUCCAGUAGAAUUCUGUUGUGGAUAUUUUUAUACAUGAUUAAACUCUGUAGAAGGGCUGGUUUGUAUUGACAUAAAAUGUAUUGUUAUGUCAUGAUCUGGAUGGAACCAGUAUUUUUUAGAAUAUUGUUCUGUUCCAGAACAGUAUAGAUCCCUUUUGUUGUCAGUUCUGGUUCUGUUCCUUGAAAUUCCGGUUUUCUUUUCUGUUUCCUGAACUGGUUCCAACCCCUGGUUUAGAAUAUUGUAAAGUAUCCAUUAAUUAAAUAAUAAAUGCAAACAAACUGUAAUCUUCUUUUUCAUUAAAGGUGGAUGAUGUUGGUAGAUUGUCUUUAUCCAUGAAAAGUCAGUAUUGUAUCAUGGUGAUGAUAAAUCAUAAGAAUAAAAGAUGCCAUACACUCA